AUGAUAACAGGCACCACAAAACCUCGCACAUCCUCACUUGUCACAUCGGCAGAAAGGAGCUUGGAGGUUUAGAAUGUCGCUCACAUCCGUCCUGUCCGCUGAUGCGAUUGCUAAUGCUUUGAAGGAGUGCAAAGCACCAGACACCUUCUGUCAUAAGAAGUUCUUCCAAACAUGUGGACUGACCAAGAAGACUUCCCAGGAAGUGAAGAACGUGUUCCGCAUCCUCGACGAUGAUGGGAGCGAGUUUAUUGAGGAGGACGAGCUCCAAUUCUUCCUGCAGCGAUUCUCUCCCAGCGCACGCGUGCUCACGGAAAGUGAGACGAAGAAGUUCAUGCUUGCCCUAGAUGAAGAUAACGAUGGCAAGAUAGGCAUUGACGAAUUCGAGCAUGCAGUUUUGUCCUGAAGCUUUCAGCGGAGCAGAAAGAACAGCCUUCACUCCUAUCUGCCUGGGGGGGUCAAAUCCACUUUAGUGUCAGCAGCCCCACCCACCCUUCCUCUCCCACCCAC